AUGACCAAGGCACCCGAGAGCUCGCAGCUCGCCAAUUGUAGUCAAAUCCCGAUUAUUGACCUUUCAACUCUGGAUAGUUCAAAUUUCGAUGAGCGACGGAAACUUGCCCAAUCAAUCUAUGAUGCUUGCACUCAGGUUGGAUUCUUUUACAUCAAGAACUAUGGGAUCCCAGAGGACAAAAUCGAUGGCAUACACAGCUCCGCAAAGCGGUUCUUCGAUCUCCCCGAGGAGCAAAAAAUGAAGAUUUAUAUUGGAAACUCCCCCAAAUUCCGCGGCUACAGCCCCUUGGGUUCCGAGAAAUCCACAGGGACAGAGGAUGAUCCCAUUGCCGAAGAAGACGCAGUCAGUGCUCUUUCCGAAGCAUUCGACAUUGGAUAUGAAACAGCAAUGGAUCCUCAGAAAUCGAAAGAUGACCCUUUUCCCCAUGAUACUUAUGGGUUGUAUGGAGAUAACCAAUGGCCCGACUCAGAUAUGCUUCCAGGCUUCACCGAGACGUACAUUGAAUAUUGUACAAUGAUGCUAGGGCUCUGCCGAAAACUGAUGAGAAUAUUUGCUCUCGCUUUAGAAUUGCCCGAAGACUACUUUGAUUCAAUGAUUCAGAACCCAGGUGUUACGUCGAGGAUGAUGCAUUAUCCACCUCAGCCGGUGAAGGAAGAGGUUCGCCAAGGGCUUGGGGCUCAUACGGUAGGCAAUUGA